GCCGCCGGCCCGGCCAUGCCGCUGCCCGCCGCGCUGCUGCUGCUGCUGCCGCUGCUGCUGCCGCCGCCCGCCCGCGCCGCCGACAGCGAAACCGAAAGCGGCGGCCGGGGGCUGAGGCUCGAGACCCUCGUGGCCCCCCCCGAGGGCUGCACGGAGCUGUCGGCGCCGGGGGACACGGUGCACAUCCACUACACGGGCAGUCUGGAGGAUGGACGGAUCUUCGACACCUCCCUGAGCCGUGACCCCCUCCAGGUGGAGCUGGGCAAGCGACAAGUCAUCCCUGGCCUGGAGCAGAGUCUGCUGGACAUGUGUGUGGGGGAGAAGCGCAGAGCCAUCAUCCCCCCUCAUCUGGGCUACGGCAAGCGGGGCUCCCCCCCCACCAUCCCCGGUGACGCAGUGCUGCGGUUCGAGGUGGAGCUGGUGGCUUUGUCCCAGGCCAGUUACUGGCAGAAGCUGCUGAACGAGGUGCUGCCGCUGCUGUGCCUGGGGCUGGUGCCGGCGCUGCUGGGGCUCAUCGGGUACCACCUGUACCGCAAGGCCAGCAGCCCCAAGCUCUCCAAGAAGAAGAUGAAAGAGGAGAAGAGGAACAAAGCCAAAAAGAAAUAAACCCUUCCUCUUGG